CGCUGCUUCAUCGAUAUAAACUAAACAGCUAGUCCAACAUCCAAGGACCUCUUUGAUCAAAUUUGAAUCGACACAAUCACUCCGCCUCUAGCACACAAAAUCGCAUGACACUCUCCCUACAGAAACAAAAAUGAAGGCCUCCAUCGCUCUCCUAGCGGCCACUGCUGCCAGCAGCGCCCUAGCAGCGUCACUGAGUGGCACCGAUCCUGAAAAAAAUGCACGCGAGGUUGUUAUUGGAAACUUUAAGCGCACAGGAGAUUUUGCAGUGAAUACUCAAGCUGAUCCAAGUCUCGAUAUUGGACAAGAUGAUCAAAUAAUCAUUCCGGAUUCAGAACAAGGAAAGGGCAAGGGCAAGGAUGAUGGGAAAGGAAAGGAUGAUGGGAAAGGAAAGGAUGAUGGGAAAGGAAAGGGAAAAGGAAAAGAUGACGGCAAAGGUAAAGAUGAUGGAAAGGGAAAGGGGAAAGGCAAAGAUGACGGAAAAGGCAAGGACGAUGGAAAGGGAAAGGGAAAGGGCAAGGAUGAUGGGAAAGGAAAGGAUGAUGGGAAAGGAAAGGGAAAGGGCAAGGAUGAUGGAAAAGGCAAGGAUGAUGGAAAAGGAAAGGAUGAUGGGAAAGGAAAGGGCAAAGGAAAAGACGAUGGAAAGGGCAAAGGAAAAGACGAUGGAAAGGGCAAAGGAAAAGACGAUGGAAAGGGCAAGGACGACGGCAAAGGAAAGGGCAAGGGCAAGGAUGAUGGAAAAGGUAAAGAUGAUGGCAAAGGAAAGGACGACGGCAAAGGAAAGGGCAAAGGCAAAGAAAGCAGCCCCUAAUAUAAUAUAUGAUUCUAGUAGUUUUCAUCACCUAAACUAUCUAGUCAGUUGUACACAAAUCAGUUCCAUGACACGAAACAUUUUAAUUAAAUGCAUAUGUUCACUCUUGUUCUGGUAUCCUAGCACUGGCUCUACAAAUCUUAUUGUUAGACACUGAGGUAUUGUCCCUCCCAGCAAAAUUAGCUCUUGCAUAUCAAACUAUUAGAAUAGACUUUAACACGAGAAAUAUGUGCCUUAUUAACGCUUUCCACAUAUCAGAGCUUAUGCAUAAAUCAUUCUCCUGGUUUAUGACAGCCUGUUAGGGUAAGGUAUCAUGCCCGUAAUAGUGCUACGUUUACUAUUAUACCAGGUGCAGCACCUUAUAGCAUCGGAUGUUCCGGGACUGUCUCUCUCAACUAGGUAAGUACAUAGCUCAAAGCUUUUUUGUUUAAUUUUUGAUUA